AUCCGCCAUGGCCACGGCCUUCUGCUGCACACCUCCGGGAGGCCGACCCCGCGAGCAGAGGCCAGAUCUCAGCAAGAUGGAGCGCGUGGUCGUGAGCAUGCAGGACCCGGACCAGGGCGUGAAGAUGCGGAGCCAGCGUCUGUUCAUCACCGUCAUCCCCCACGCCGUGGCGGGCCGGGAUGUCGCGGAGUGGCUGGUCCAGAAGUUUUGUAUCUCCGAGGAGGAGGCCCGGCACUUGGGCACCCUCCUGGCACAGCACGGGUACAUAUACCCACUGCGCGACGCCCGCAGCUUGGCGCUCCGGCCUGAUGAGACGCCCUACAGGUUCCAGACACCAUACUUCUGGACAACCACCGUAUGGCCAGCUGCUGAGCUGGACUAUGCCAUCUACCUGGCCAAGAAGAACAUCCAAAAACAGGGGGCCUUAACUGACUAUGAGAAGGAGCAGUAUGACCAGCUGCACAAGAAGCUCAACCACACAUGGGAUCUGGUAGUGAUGCAGGCUCGAGAGCAGCUCCGGGCAGCUAAGCAGCGCAGGAAGGGGGACAGGCUGGUCAUUGCAUGCCAAGAGCAGACAUACUGGCUGGUGAACAGACCCCCGCCUGGGACCCAGAGUGUUCUGGAGCAGGGUCCAGAGAGGGGCACCUGCACAGCCAGCCAUGUGCAGAUGACCCAGAGCCCGGAUUUCUACAAGUGGGAGAUCCAUUGCACCAGGAAAGCACUUGGCAGGACCCGGGUGAAGUCCUCUAUCUGCCUUGAGGCGUACCUGAAGUUCAGCAGCCAGCGCACUUCACAUGACCCGAUCAUGUCAGGGUGCCUGCCCAGCAACCCUUGGAUCACAGAUACUGUGGACUACUGGGCCAUGAAUGCUCCAACUGUGGCUGCACCCACGAAACUCCGUGUGGAGCGGUGGGGCUUCAGCUUCUGGGAGCUCCUGUGUGACCCUGUGGGCAGGGCCUACUUCAUGGACUUUCUCCAGAAGGAGUUCAGUGCGGAAAACCUCAGCUUCUGGGAGGCAUGCGAGGAGCUGCGUUUUGGAGGACAAGCCCAGGUCCCCGCCCUGGUGGACUCCGUGUACCAGCAGUUUCUGGCCCCUGGAGCUGCCCGCUGGGUCAACAUCGAUAGCCGGACGAUGGAGCGGACCCUGGAGGGGCUGUGCCAGCCCCACCGCUAUGUCCUGGAUGAUGCACAGCUGCACAUCUACAUGCUAAUGAAGAAGGAUUCCUACCCAAGAUUCCUGAAGUCUAACAUGUAUAAGGACCUACUAAUAGACGCUGUAAUCCCACCGGAGACAAGGCGACGGAUGUUCCCAUUCAUGCGAAAGCCUCGACACUCAAGCCUCAGCCCUGCCCUCCUUCCUGUCUCUGGGGAGUCCACAGCAGCCUCCAGGGGUGAUGGGGAGGCCUAGAUGGCUCUCCUCACCUUUGGCCACACUCUGCUCAUCAUUGCUGAGCCAACAACCCCUCCUCUGCCCAGAAGAGACAUCCCAACUGUGACUCCCAGGGAGGCUGAGCUCAGAGCAGGACCUGUCACUAGAAGGAAGGUAGGUGGAGGCCCCUUGGAGCCCCUGGCAACCUGUGGCCUUCAGCUCACCACUGGGUAUUCAUCCAAUGUCCAGAAUAUUAAGUCAGCCAGUGACACACAAACACAUAUCAUAAGAUGACUGUCUGUGUGCUUGCACCUGUCCAGGACAGCUCGAGUCACCCACUGUGACCCUAAUCCCACCGAGGCUAGGCUGAGAGGCUUCUCAACAGAUCAUUCCUGAAGUACCACCCUUACCAGUUGUACAUGGCAUCCUUUCCAAGCAGAGCCCUGGCCUCUCUUACUAGAUCUAUAGACACGUGACUGCAUGUUUUCCCAACCAUGAGGCUCCCACCAGGGUGGCAGAGCUGGUGCCCAAUCUUUCUGCCUCCAUUGUCACUCAUGUCACCAGUGUUAAGUGCCCCUGUUCCUCUUGUGCAUCAGAAUAAGGUCCAAUCCAGCUCCCUUCAGCGCCAUCCCACCCAGAGCACUAGCCCCUUCGCCCACUUCUGCACAGAAAUAAAAUUGCUGCACCCUCAUUCAUUCUGAGUGCAUCCCAGGCCUGUGGUGUGCAUACGUGUGGGGCAAGCAUGUAUGUAGCGCAUGCCUGUUGUGUGUGAUGUAAUGUGGGGGAGGUAAGGGUGAUGACUUGGGUCCAGGGCAGGGAGGUUCACGGAGUCUUGGGCUAUGGGGCUGAUGGAGGAACUGGACCUUUUCAGGCUAGAUCCAUCUACAGACUUGGGGAACUUUGUCUCUAGGGGAGCUGAGGAGCAUGAUCUAUGCUCUGCCUCCACAGUAAACGGGCUGUGCAGGUACAGUGGGAAGCCAAGCUGUGUGGGAGGGUCUCUGGCCAAGGAACCAGUAUCUGUCAUGAAGUCUUCAC